AAGAAACUUGACUUUUGCAGGAUCCAGAAGAAGAAAAAGGAAGAAAGAAAAAGAGAGAGCAGAAAAAAAAAUCUUAUCAUCAUCUUGCAUUACCGCAAAACGCUUUUUAACUUUUACCCCGUUUUUCUAGUGAAGGAUGGAGACUCCAAAGACGGAUAUCUCGCUCUAUACGGCGAGCACGCCAAAUGGACAGAAGAUCUCCAUCACGUUGGAGGAGCUGGGCCUCACGUACGAAACGGUGCAUAUCGAUAUCGCGAAGGGCGUGCAGAAGGAAGAUUGGUUCUUGAGGAUUAAUCCCAACGGCCGCAUCCCCGCGAUCGUCGACCGCACGCCCCAGGAGACAGGUAUGGGGCUUAAGAAGCGCGAAAAGGCGGUUUUUGAAGGGGCCGCCAUCAUGCUGUAUCUGUGUCAGAAAUACGACAAGAAUCAUAAGAUCAGCUAUCCUUUUGAUACUGAUAAAUAUUGGGAAGUCGUCGAAUGGCUAACAUGGAUGCAAAGCGGUCUCGGGCCCAUGCAAGGUCAAGCAAACCAUUUCUACCGCUACGCGCCCGAGAAAAUCCCCUACGCCAUCCAACGCUACCAGACCGAAACCCGGCGUCUCUACCAAGUCAUCGAGGACCGUCUGCGUACCCAACGCGAAGGCAACCACACCGUCGCCGGCACCGCAGCGUCGCACGCCGGGCCCGCGCACGCCUCGCAGGAUCCAGGCCCUUGGCUCGUCGGUGAUAAAUGCACGAUUGCUGACCUGGCGUGUUUCUCGUGGGUGAACUGGGCUGAGUGGGCGGGCGUUGAUGCUGAGAGUUUUCCAGAGAUCAAAAACUGGCGCGAUAGAAUCAACGCCCGACCAGCUGUAAAACGCGGUCUAGACGUCCCUGAAAAAUUUACAAUGAAGGAGAAAAUGAUGAGUAAGGAGACGGCGGAGGAAUAUGCGAGGUUUCAUUCGCAGUGGAUUAUGAAGGGGCAGGAGAAGGAUCAGGAGGUGCAUAAAUAGAUAUGUGAGUGAGGGGGUGAGGGAUGCGGAUGAAAUGAAUGGAUAGGGUGGAUGUUAUGUUGUUAUAUGCGGUUAUG